AAUCCUGAGUAAGGUGGCCACUUUGACAGUCUUCUCAUGCUGCCUCUGCCACCUUCUCCACCAGAAGAUACCAUUUCAACUUUAACACAGCAUGAUCGAAACAUACAACCAACCUGCUCCCCGAUCUGCGGCCACUGGACUGCCCAUCAGCAUGAAAAUUUUUAUGUAUUUACUUACUGUUUUUCUUAUCACCCAGAUGAUUGGGUCAGCACUUUUUGCUGUGUAUCUUCAUAGAAGGUUGGACAAGAUAGAAGAUGAAAGGAAUCUUCAUGAAGAUUUUGUAUUCAUGAAAACAAUACAGAGAUGCAGCACAGGAGAAAGAUCCUUAUCCUUACUGAACUGUGAGGACAUUAAAAGCCAGUUUGAAGGCUUUGUGAAGGAUAUAAUGCUAAACAAAGAGGAGAAGAAGAAAGAAAAUAGCUUUGAAAUGCAAAAAGGUGAUCAGAAUCCUCAAAUUGCGGCGCAUGUCAUAAGUGAGGCCAGUAGUAAAACAACAUCUGUGCUACAGUGGGCUGAAAAAGGAUACUACACCAUGAGCAACAACUUGGUAACCCUGGAAAAUGGGAAACAGCUGACCGUUAAAAGACAAGGACUCUAUUAUAUCUAUGCCCAAGUCACCUUCUGUUCCAAUCGGGAAUCUUCGAGUCAAGCUCCAUUUAUAGCCAGCCUCUGCCUAAAGCCCCCCAAUAGAUUCGAGAGAAUCUUACUCAGAGCCGCAAAUACCCACAGUUCUGCCAAACCCUGCGGGCAACAAUCCAUUCACUUGGGAGGAAUAUUUGAAUUGCAACCAGGUGCUUCGGUGUUUGUCAAUGUGACUGAUCCAAGCCAAGUAAGCCACGGCACCGGCUUCACGUCCUUUGGCUUACUCAAACUCUGAACAGUGGAACAGUGUCACCUUGCAGGCUGUGGUGCAGCUGACGCUGGCAGUCUUCAUAACACAGCACAGCAGAUAAGCCCACCCCCUGUUAACUGCCUAUUUAUAACCCUAGGAUCCUCCUUAUGGAGAACUAUUUAUUAUAUACUCCAAGGCAUGUAGAGCUGUAAUAAGUGAAUUACAGGUCACAUGAAACCAAAACCGGCCCUGCUCCAUAAGAGCUUAUAUUUCUGAAGCAGCAACCCUACUGAUGCAGACAUCCAGAAAGUCCUAUGAAAAGACAAGGCCAUUAUGCACAGGUUGAAUUCUGAGUAAACAGCAGAUAAUUUGCCAA